AUGGCGGCUACUCCAAUCGUCGCAUCGGCACCAGCUUCGCUUUACGUUGGCGACCUCCACCCUGACGUCAGCGAUGGACAGCUGUUCGAAGUGUUCUCGGAGUUUAAGAGCCUCACUUCUGUUCGGAUCUGUAGGGACUCCUCCACCGGGAAGUCGCUCUGUUAUGGCUAUGUCAACUUCACCUCUCCCCAAGAUGCUACUCGUGCUCUUGAGGUGAAGAAUCAUUCUAAACUGAAAGGAAAAAUGAUAAGAGUCAUGUGGUCACAUCGUGACCCCGAAGCAAGAAAAAAUGGGAUAGCGAACGUAUUUGUUAAGAACUUAGCUGAACCUAUUGAUAAUGCGGGAUUGCACGAGCUGUUUCAAAACUUCGGGAAAAUUUUGUCCAGCAAAGUUGUUACGUUUGAAGAUGGCAAAAGCAAAGGGUAUGGCUUCAUUCAAUUUGAGUCAGAGGACUCUGCAAAUGCGGCCAUUGAAAAGUUAAAUGGCUCCACUGUUAGAGAUAAACAGAUAUAUGUUGGCAAGUUCGUCAAAAAAAGCGAACGCUUCUUGCCUGGUCCUGAUUCCAAGUUCACAAAUUUGUUCAUGAAGAAUUUGGACCCAGAGAUUACAGAAGAGCUUUUGCAGGAAACGUUCGCCCCUUUCGGCAAGAUUGUUAAUAUGGCUAUUGCUAAGGACCGCAAUGGAGUAUCGAAGGGUUUCGGCUUUGUGAACUAUGAUAAUCCAGAUGAUGCUAAACGGGCAAUGGAAACCAUGCAUGGAUCGCGACUAGGUUCGAAGAUUAUAUAUGUAGCGAGAGCACAAAAGAAGGCUGAGCGCGAAAAAAUCUUGCACCAUCAGUUUCAAGAGAAACGUAAGGAACAGAUCUUGAAAUAUAAGGGAUCAAACAUUUAUGUGAAGAACAUCGGCGACGAUGUCAGUGAUGAAGAACUGAGAGAUCAUUUUAGUUCAUGCGGCACAAUAACAUCCGCCAAAGUUAUGCGGGACGACAAAGGAAUAAGCAAGGGGUUUGGUUUUGUCUGUUUCUCCACUCCCGAGGAGGCCAAUAAAGCUGUGAACAAUUUCCAUGGAUGCAAGUUUCAUCGUAAACCGCUAUACGUUGCUAUUGCUCAAAGGAAGGAAGACAGGCUAGCACGAUUAAAGGUCCAGUAUGCACAGGGAAUAGCAGGACUAGCUGGACCUUCAACCGCUGUUAUACAUGGUGGAUAUCCUCCUUACUACUACGCAGCUACUGGUGUUGUUUCCCAGCUGCCACCUCCAACCGGGCUAUUAUAUCAACCGCUGGGCUUCAGGCCAGGAUGGAGACCUAACGGCUUUGAACCUCCUACUAGACCAGUUCAACAGACUUUGGUUUCUGUUGUGAGUAACUCUCCUAUAAGGCCGCGCAGACAAAACAGGAGCAGGAUAAAUGGGCAGGCAAUUUCGCAGGGGAUUGCUCACCUGGGUACGUUCAUGCCACAAGCACAACAGCUUUCUCACUCAAUGGCUUCAUCGAAAGAAUCAACUACUCAGCAGAGGAUUGGACAGACUAGGAAUAUGGCCAGCGGGCGCCAACGUGACAUGGAAAAAGGAUCUGGAGUCCCAUCCUGUUGUCCUAACUCUACUGUUGGGAUUCAAGGAUCGAAAAUGCUCCACUGCAUGCUUGCUGCUGCCACUCCUGAGCAGCAGAGGCAACUGCUUGGCGAGCAUAUUUACCCACUGAUCCAGAAACUCAGGCCCCGCUUGGCAUCGAAGAUUACUGGGAUGCUCUUGGAGAUGGAAAUUAGAGAGUUGCUGCUUCUCCUGGAAUCUCCAAGGUUUCUUUUGGCCAAGGUGGAAGAAGCUGUGCAGGUGCUUGAGGACUCCAAAACUAAAGAGUCGGGCCAGGAUGCACUUCAUCCUGGUUACUUUUCAGCUGAGGUUGCUGUGAAUUGA